CCGUAAUUGCGGAGAAAGAUUAAUGCCUGAGGGAACCGCGUUCUCCUUCCCCCCAAACCCACCCAAGCUUCCCACUCCGUUAUGUUUGCUCCAUGAGGCCAGGCGCCUCAUCGGCCAGUUGUUCACCUUGCAUCUUUCUCUUUACAAUUCGAUUCAACUCAGAGACAUGAUUCACCUAUUUGAGGGUGUGCUUUUGACUUACUCCUAAUUAUUUGACGUGUGGGUCCCUGCGACCAAACACCCUGAUCAUGGUUGGCACAAGGAAUACGGCCUACGCGGAGGAGAGCGCAGAGGUCAAGGUGUUGUACGCCAACCUCGAGAAGCUCAAACUUCUUACGAAGAAGAUCCAAGGCUCCAUGGUUCGUUUAGAGACCGGUGGAAAUGUCGUGAAACAUGCCAUCGGUCCCAUCUACAGCAACACGCAAUCUCUCCAGAUCACCAACACCAACAUUGAUAGAGUCAAUGAAGCGAUCGAACGGCUCCGUCAGCCUCUCGAUGCGAAGAGGGGGGAGGAAGGCAUCAUUCGUGCUGGACCUCAAAGCGCCGGCCUGCCCCAAUACCUGUCAGCCCUUAGACGGGUGGAAAAGGCACUCGUGGACCUCAACUCAACUAAUAUGCGGUCUAACGAAAAAGCGAUCUCCGAUUUGACCUCGUUAUUAUCCAUCGGUUCCACCCAACUUCAGGACUUGCUCCGUGGCAAGUUAAGCCAAUACGUCGGGCCUGUCGAGCCGCUACACUAUUUGACAAAAGAACUCCCAUUCCCGUCGAUCCCGCAGGAAGAACUCGCCGAAUUGGGGCCUAUCUGCUCCACCCUCAACUCAGUGGCGGCAUCAGGACCCCAGCGUGGUGAAGGUGGCAAUCCGGCUGUCAGAAUAUACGCCGAGAUCCGUGGUGGAUACGUUACAUCAAACUUGCAAAACCUCGCUACUGCAUCCCUGAAUACCGUCAAACGGAGGGCUACCGACGGUCCUUAUAAACAAGGCACGAACGGAAUCGGGAUUUAUUCGAAUGCGCUGGAAAACUUCAUUUACGCCGAACAUGAGAUCCUUUCGCGCAUAUUUACGGGCGAACAACGAGGCCUGGCUCUGCAGGCUACGUGUCGUUCGGCGCUGACCGAAUACUCCAAAACCCUGCGGGAACUCAAUCAGUACAUCCGCGCCAAUCUCAUGACCGAUUGUUUUCUGGCGUUUGAGAUCAUUGACAUUGUAACCGCCAUGUCUUAUCGUGUUGACUCAAAAACGGGCGAGCUCAAAAGCUUGUUCAUCGAAGCCCUCAGGCCCGUCCGUGAGACCGCCAAAUCCUCGCUUUCGGAACUGAUCGAAGAAACAAAGCGGAAAGCGGGGGCUAUCACUAUGCUGCCGCCGGAUGGGGGACCAGUACCUCUGGUCCAUGAAGUGAUGAACUCUCUCAUCACAUUGACUGCAUAUUCAGGCCCAUUGGCUUCGAUUUUGACUUCGCUGGGAGACGGAAAUUGGCGGUCGACGUCCAAUGUAACCAACCCUACUCCCUUGGACGUCAGUCCGGACAGCGCGACACUUCUAUCACACUUUAUCCUGGAUAUGAUUGAAACCAUGAUGGUUGCUCUUGAAGCGCGGGGGCGAACAUUUCACCGCUCCAAAGCCGUCCAGGGUGUGUUCCUGUCGAACAUCUUUUGCAUCGUCGACCGUUCUAUUCGGCAGAAUCCGGAAUUGGCCAAGUAUUUAGGGUCCCCGGACAGCAUUGCGCGAAUCGACAGCUUCCGCAAGCGUGCCACCUCCACCUACCUGGAUGCCUGGAAGGAGCCCUCGCAUUACCUGCUGGAUGUACAGUAUACGUCGCGGGGGGCACGUCCCGCAUCGAGCGGCGCAGUCGACUCCAGCGCCAUUGUCAAGGCCCUCCACUCCAAGGAUAGGGACGCAAUCAAGGACAAAUUCAAGGCGUUCAACGCUAGCUUCGAUGACCUAGUGUCGCGCCACAAGUCACUUUACAUGGAAAGAGAGGUGCGCGGAGUACUCGCCCGAGAAGUGCAGGGCGUCCUGGAGCCUCUCUAUGCCCGCUUCUGGGACCGCUAUCACGAGAUCGAUAAAGGCCGGGGCAAAUAUGCCAAGUACGACAAGACCAGUCUCGCUGCACAAUUAGCUGCUUUGUCAUAGGACUGGGCUCCGGGGUUGAUGUGGGGUCAAAUGACUCGAUGGGAUGGGAUGACUACUUAGCUAUAUCUACCUGUCGCGAUCUUGUCAAGCUCUGAUAAAGUAAUAAUAUAAUAAUGUCCACCACUGAAAUUC